AUGGUGGGGAGCAUGGCGCCUUUACAAAAGGCUGCCACGUUUAAGAAGUAUGAGGCGCGUGUUCAACGGUUGCUGGAGCAGCUGCAAUGGUACCAAAAUCAUAAUCAUCUUUUUAAGCGUGUCGAAGCUUCAGAUGCCUUUACGAAGAGCAAUGUUGCUACCGAAACGCAAGUCGCGCUGGAUCGGACUGACGGGACCGCGGGUGGGGCUUCUCCGGGUAAUGUAGUGGGUUUGGACGAGGCCUGCCGACGAUGUAACGCUCCUGCACCACCUUUCGCAGAUGCCGCAGAACCAGAUGAAACUGAAGAAAUUACCGACGUCGCUCUAGUCACAGACUACAAUGUGGGGAGUGACAGUCAACGGGUGCAAGCUUUUAUCGAGAGACAGAAUGCCAUUGUGCGCCGGUCUUCAAGUAUACUCUCGGAUUUUGAUCCGUCGUUUUGGGUGUUUGUUUUUGUAGAGCUGAACCCUUUUGGUCGCGGAGGCCUGGAUGAGCCGCGAGGAGUUCCAAUCGGGCUGUGCGAAUAUUUAAAGUAUUGCCUUCGGCUGUAUUCUCGUCGUCACGCCAAGCAUCAUGCGUUCACGUUGGUAGCAUUUGACGUGCUGGCGAGGCAUCGGUCGAUGCAAGCUGUAUACUUGCGAGCGAAGAUGGAGCCUACCGUCGUCGGAUCAAGAUGCGACGUAGACCGGGAGGAGCUUGUAGCUCAUCUCAAGAGACAGGAGGAGCGAUUAAAAUUAUUGUCGACGAACGUUAUCGUGAGACCAUGCCUCCAAGCGGACCAGAGUAUACGAAACUUGUAUUCAUUUAUUACUACGGGAAUGAAAGCCAGCUAUGGCUCUAACGAAGAGCGGUCGCAGGCAAGAUCAAACCUGUUGUAUAUGCAACUCCAGUAUGGCCAACCGUCAAUAUUUUUCACCCUGUCACCGAGCAGCUCGUCUUCUGUGCGGGUUGCAGCUUUUGCUGGAGAUAUCGACAACUCGCUUCUUGAGGCAAUGACAAACACAGUUCAGGGGUCCCUGUAUAAAACUCGAGCAGAGCUAUGUACAGCAGCGACGUCAAACCCCAUGGCUUGCGCUCGGUACUACAACGCCAUUGUUCGUCUGCUCAUAGAUGUUUUGCUCAAUUAUGCCCAAGACCGACAGUGUUCGCGACCCCGAUCAGGUGGUUUCGGCAAAACGAAGGCGUAUUUCUUAUCAACUGAAUCCCAGAAUUCUACGGGUGAUCUACGUGGCCACAUGCUGGUGUGGAUUGAAAACAUGCCUACGACAACGGCACAGUACUAUGAGCUACCGAAACAUCGUGACUGUCAACACCGCGUCGAUGAUUAUGUGUCGUCGAUCGCCUCAUCGUCUUUUCCGGUGAGCCUGGACAGAUGCUCUAGCUGCUCGUCCACAGAUAUCGCUGCUAUGCAAUUUUCGCGCGAAGUGUUCAAGAAACCUAAGCGUGGUGCGUGCAGAGCACCUACCAUAAAAUGUGGCUCUUGUCAAAUGGAAUUUGGUGGGUCCGAGCUUGUAGAGCUGAACAUUUUGCAGGAGGCUGACAGACUUCACGUGUCCCAAGACCGGAUGAAUGAUGCAUCAGUCUUUCGCAGAAUUUCGAUGCCUCAAUCGCUUCCCCUAUCCCCUCCAGGGUGCUCGGAGGAAAAUUUAUUGGUUAUUAUGGCUCUCCUGAAUUACCAGACACAUGCCUGGAAUCAUGCCCGGUCUUGUUUCAAGCAGACUAAGCGGACACCGGAUGGAAAAAAUUGCCGGAUGUUUUUUUCGAAAGCCCACUUGUGGAUUAACGUCGUGUAA